AUGAGUGGCGCUUCACCUCCCCCACCCACCUUCUUUCCUUGUUCAUACAGCGAUAGUAGUACUUGUUCAGAUAAUGAGCUCUCUUGUGUUCGGACUUGCCUAUUAAGCUCGAAUAAGUCAUGUGGUAUUUACCCAGGUUACCCUUGUGCCUUGGAAAAAUUUAUACUUUUCAAUCAUGAUAAAUGCAUACGCCUUGUCUUUGAUAUAUAUGGCUGUCAACCAAGCAACCCAAGUGCACUGUGGGAGAAAUACUAUGCAUCUCUGUCCGAGGAUUUUAACCGCCAAUUUCCAGGCUUAGAUUCAAAGGUUAAACAUCUGACAGCCAGAUCAGUCGAGCAAUACUUGGAGGAAAUGGGUAAAUCGCUUAAGACUUUUGGGCUUGAACACUUGAAUGAGGAACAGGAUGCUGAGGUAGCAAGGACAAAAGACAUUAUUGAUGCACUGGAUGCACCAAUACCCGAACACUGUAUUAGUUGUCGUGACAAGUUAAACAAGGCCCAACAAGAAGCUUUUAAUUCCAUCAUUGACCAUGUGAAGCAGGGAAAGGGUGGUGCAUUCUUUAUAGACGGCCCUGGUGGAACAGGGAAAACUUUCUUGUACAAUGCAUUAUACGCAGAGGUUCGACUAAUGGGAAAGAUCGUGCUUGCAACUGCUACAUCAGGUAUUGCAGCAGCUAAUAUACCAUCUGGUCGAACAGCCCACUCCAGGUUCAAAAUACCAAUUGAUAUUGAAGCAUCCCUAGCUUGCGAUGUUCCAAAACAAGGUAGCUUAGCUGCAUUGAUACAGGAAACAGCUCUUAUCAUAUGGGACGAGGCUUCGAUGGCAAGAAAAGAGAAUGUUGAAUCCUUGGAUCUGCUGCUCCGAGAUCUGUGCAAUGCAGACCUGCUGUUUGGUGGUAAACUCAUAGUCUUUGGAGGUGAUUUCCGGCAAGUCCUCCCUGUUCUGCCCCGCAAAACACAACGGGAAGCAGUUGCUGUCAGUUUAGUCAGCUCUGCCUUGUGGGCUCGAAUGACAAGGUUCCGCCUGACAGAAAACAUACGAGCCCGUGAAGAUCCAGCCUUCUCAGCUUUCUUACUCGCAUUGGGUAAUGGAGAACUGCAAACCAUUGACAACAACCUUGUCCACUUGCCAAGUGAGGUUGUCAAGCCUCUUGAGGAAGGCAAGGAUCCCAUCACAGACCUGACUGCCCUUACAUUCCCCGAACUCGACCUUCAAGCCUUUGACUCAGACAUCUUCACAACAAGGGCAAUUCUGACUCCCAUGAACGCUGAUGUUGACUCUAUAAACACAAAUCUUAUUCAAAAGUUUCCAGGUCAGCCUGUCCUCUAUAAAAGCUUUGACACAAUGCUUGAUGACAAUUGUAAUAUCUAUCCUACCGAAUUUAUAAACACACUCUGCCCCGGUGGAAUGAGCCCUCAUGAACUUAUCUUAAAAAAGGGAAGCCCAGUCAUUUUGCUCCGGAAUGUUCUCCCAUCUUCCGGCUUGUGCAAUGGUACAAGGUUAAUAUGCCAGGAGUUUUUCCCUAACCUCGUCCAAUGUGUAAUCAUCACUGGCCACCACAAAGGGAAGCACGUUUUUAUUCCCCGUGUUAACCUGCGGCCUGCCGCUUCUUCGAAGUACCCAAUACUUUUUCAAAGAAAACAAUUUCCUUUGAAGUUGAGCUUUGCAAUGACAAUCAACAAGUCCCAAGGGCAAACCUUAAGUCAAGUUGCUAUUUACCUUCCUCGUCCAUGUUUCUCACAUGGGCAGUUAUAUGUCGCCUUGUCAAGGGCAAGACAAUCAGCCCAUGUUACUGUCAUUUCAGCCGGCACUCCCCAACAACAAACCGAAACUCAAGUUGAAAAUGUGCUUUCAUAUGACGUGUUGAGGCUCGCUGGUAUUAUAUGACACGUCUAUGUAAGUAUACCUAAUGCAUCUGUGAAUGUUACUUAGUUACGGGGUCAUGUUAUGUGCCUGUCUUACAUUCUAAUCUGCUUCUAUAAUGUUGACUGUGAUUCACCUCCCUUUCCCUGUGCUCGGUUCUUUAAGAUUUCAGGCCCCUUUUAAAUCAUGCUCCUUCUUUAAAAUUAGUUGUCUACUUCUUUCCUACGAUUACUGCACUCUGAUUUCCUUUAUUUUGAUUAU